AUGUUGACAAUCACUAACAUUACUUGGCUGGACUUACUAUGCCUUACCGGUGUCGGACUCUAUCUGGUAAAGCAGGUGGUCAUCAAGAAGAAUCCUACACCAUAUCCACCUGGUCCCCGGGGGUGGCCUCUCAUUGGCAAUGUUUUAGAUAUGCCUCGCAUCAAGCCCUGGCUCGCAUUUACUGAGUGGGGUCAGAAGUAUGGUGGUAUCACGCAUAUCGAGGUUCUGGGCCGGCAUAUCGUUGUGUUGAACUCUGUCAAGACUGCGAUGGAUAUGCUGGACAGUAAAAGCACUUUAUACUCUGACCGUCCUGUUCUUCCUAUGGCUGGCGAACUUGUUGGCUGGAAGGAAUCUUUGCCUUUCCUUCCUUAUGGUGACCGUUUUCGCCGUUACCGUAGGAACUUCCAUCGGGCCAUUGGCACCCGCGCUGCAGUGGACGUAUACAACGUGAUCGAGGAGAUUGAGACUCACCGGUUCCUGAAGCGUGUGCUUGCGAAACCCGACCAACUGCAGGAGCAUGUCCGACACACUGUUGGCGCUGUCAUUCUGCGCAUCUCUCAUGGUUACGAAGUGAAAGAGAACAAUGAUCCCUUCGUUAGCCUUGCAAAUCGCGCCGUAACCAAUGUCUCGCAGGCUACAGCUCCCGGUGCCUUCAUGGUUGACAUUUUACCAUUCUUGGCAAAGGUCCCUGCGUGGUUCCCCGGUGCUGGCUUCAAGCACUUAGCACGUGAAUGGCGUGAGACCCUCGAAGAGAUGGUGUCUGCACCCCACAAGUUCGUCAAGGAUCAAAUGGCUGAUGGCGUCGCCCCCGUGUCUUUCACCUCUAAUCUCCUGGAAGGCUGUGAUAUCUCUGCGGAAGAGGACCACGCUGUGAAAUGGUCUGCUCUUUCCCUGUACGGCGGUGGUUCCGACACGACUGUUUCUGCAUUAUACUCGCUUUUUCUAGCCAUGACACUUUUCCCUGAAGUGCAGAAGAAAGCUCAGGCUGAAAUAGAUGCAGUUGUCGGUUUUGAUCGUCUUCCCACCUUCGCCGACCAAAUCCUCCGCUGGAACGUUGUCACUCCUACAGGUUUCCCCCACCGUGUGACUGAGGACGAUAUCCACGAUGGAUACUAUAUUCCAAAAGGUUCCUUAGUAAUGCCUAACGUUUGGUUCAUGCUCAACGAUCCACGGACAUAUGCUAACCCCACGCAAUUCAACCCUGAACGUUUCUUGGCUAAAGAUGGAAAAGAACCUGAAAUGGAGCCUCGCACAGUCUGCUUCGGAUUCGGUAGACGUAUUUGCCCAGGCCUCCACCUCGCUGAUGCCUCCAUCUGGAUAUCUACUGCGAUGUCACUGGCCGUAUUUGACAUUUCCAAGGUUGUCGAGCAUGGCGUUGAGAUCACACCUGAGGUUGAUUCAUUACCAGGUUCAGCGAGCCACCCCAAACCCUUCAAGUGCUCUAUCAGACCUCGCUCUGCAACUGCCCUUAGGCUCAUUGAACAAGACGUUAACUACUAAGUUCACGAUGGUGAGGCCGGGAGAACCGCCGGGGAUAACACACUUAGCAUGUGUUGUAAUUUGUUACCCUCGGGAGUUGUUCAAUAUGAUUCUUGGAGUUCGCACAGGGAAUCUUUUACUUCCGCGGAAGUUUUGUGGACGCACUGAACGUUCACGAGACC